CCGACUCGCGAAUAGUUUCACGCCUACCGAGUACUGCGUGAUCGAGCCGUGCGUGAACGUUACCCUAACCCAGAUCGGUGGUUUUACAUAGAACGAGACAAGAUGCCGGCUGUGAGAGGAGAUGGCAUGCGUGGGCUUGCUGUAUUCAUUUCUGAUAUUAGAAAUUGUAAAAGCAAAGAAGCAGAAAUUAAGAGAAUAAACAAAGAAUUGGCAAAUAUUCGCAGUAAAUUUAAAGGAGACAAAACACUUGAUGGUUACCAAAAGAAGAAAUAUGUUUGCAAGCUCCUUUUUAUUUUUCUGCUUGGUCAUGACAUUGACUUUGGACAUAUGGAGGCUGUUAAUUUACUUUCAUCCAACAAGUAUUCAGAAAAACAAAUUGGUUACCUUUUCAUAUCAGUCUUAGUAAAUACAAAUAGUGAUCUCAUUAAACUGAUAAUUCAAAGUAUAAAAAAUGAUCUUGCAUCGCGUAAUCCAAUUCAUGUAAAUCUUGCACUACAAUGUAUUGCUAACAUUGGUAGUAAAGAAAUGGCAGAGGCUUUUGGUAAUGAAAUACCAAAACUACUUGUCUCUGGAGAUACUAUGGAUGUAGUAAAACAAAGUGCAGCGCUGUGUUUGUUACGGUUAUUACGUACUGCACCGGAUGUUGUACCUGGUGGAGAAUGGACUUCACGUAUAGUUCACCUUCUAAAUGAUCAGCAUCUUGGUGUAGUUACAGCAGCUGCAUCUCUCAUAGAUGCUCUUGUAAAGAGAAAUCCGGACGAAUACAAAGGAUGUGUCAGCUUGGCAGUUUCGAGAUUAAGCAGGAUUGUAACAUCGAGUUACACAGACCUACAGGAUUAUACAUAUUACUUUGUGCCAGCACCAUGGCUCUCUGUUAAGCUGCUACGGUUACUACAGAAUUAUACCCCACCUGCUGAAGAUCCAGGAGUGAGGGGUAGAUUAAACGAAUGCCUAGAGACUGUAUUAAACAAAGCUCAAGAACCGCCAAAAUCCAAAAAGGUGCAACACUCCAAUGCAAAGAACGCUGUGCUAUUCGAAGCCAUUAGUUUAAUUAUUCACAACGACAGUGAAGUAUCUUUAUCAGUCAGAGCGUGCAAUCAACUUGGUCAGUUUCUAUCGAAUCGCGAGACCAAUCUUCGUUAUUUAGCGCUCGAAUCCAUGUGUCACCUGGCUACGUCGGAACUUUCACACGAAGCUGUGAAAAAACAUCAAGAAGUCGUGAUUCUUUCUAUGAAAAUGGAAAAGGAUGUGUCUGUCAGACAACAGGCUGUGGAUCUUUUAUAUGCCAUGUGCGAUAAAAGUAACGCGGAAGAAAUAGUACAAGAAAUGUUAAACUACCUCGAAACUGCUGACUACUCUAUCAGAGAAGAGAUGGUUCUUAAGGUUGCCAUUCUAGCGGAGAAAUAUGCCACCGAUUACACUUGGUACGUUGACGUCAUUCUGAAUCUUAUCAGGAUAGCUGGCGACUACGUUUCGGAAGAAGUGUGGUACCGCGUUAUCCAAAUUGUUAUUAACAGAGAUGAUGUACUUCUAUGGGCGGCCUUACAAGCACCUGCUUGCCACGAAAAUAUGGUUAAAGUCGGUGGUUACAUUCUUGGAGAAUUUGGAAACCUCAUUGCUGGCGAUCAGCGUUCUUCUCCAGCUGUUCAGUUUCAAUUAUUACAUUCCAAAUAUCACUUAUGUUCCCCAAUGACACGAGCACUGUUACUCUCGACGUACAUCAAAUUUGUUAAUCUAUUCCCUGAAAUGAGAAACCAAAUUCAAGAUGUCUUCAGACAGCAUAGUAAUUUACGCAGCGCGGAUGCAGAGUUACAACAGAGAGCUUCAGAGUAUCUCCAACUAAGCAUUAUUGCGUCUAGUGAUGUUUUGGCUACAGUCUUGGAAGAAAUGCCAGCAUUCCCAGAAAGAGAAUCUUCCAUUCUGGCAGUUCUAAAGAAGAAGAAACCAGGUCGACUGCCUGAGAAUGAAAUCAGAGAAAGUAAAAGUCCUGCACCAAAUACCAACCAUCAUGCGGAUACACCUGCCCCUGUAACAGGAACUGUCAAUAACACAUCUGCAGAUUUAUUAGGUCUUUCUACACCACCAUCUUCUCAGCCAACUAGCAAUACAGGAGUUCUACUCGACGUAUUAGGAGAUAUUUAUAAUAUGCCAAACAAAGUAGCUACUAAUGGUGCCCAAAAUACGUAUAAUCCCAAGAAGUUCGUUUGCAAGAAUAACGGUGUACUGUUCGAGAAUGAUUUGAUACAGAUUGGUGUAAAAUCGGAAUUCAGACAAAAUUUGGGACGUGUUGGUCUUUUUUACGGAAACAAAACUCAAUAUGGUCUCUAUAGCUUUCAACCUCAACUCUCCUGGUCGGAGGAAAAUCAACAAAAGUUAGCCGUACAAGUGAAACCAGUCGAUCCAGUGCUAGAAGCAGGUGCUCAAAUCCAACAGAUGAUUAACGCUGAAUGCAUCGACGACUAUAACGAUGCACCAAGCAUGAUUAUUUCGUUUAUCUAUAAUAACGCGCCACAAAAGAUCACGAUGAAGUUACCGUUAACGAUCAACAAAUUCUUCGAGCCCACGGAGAUGAACGGAGAAUCGUUCUUUGCACGAUGGAAAAAUCUUGGAGGAGCGAAUCAACAACGUUCACAGAAGAUUUUUAAAGCACAACAACCGAUGGAUUUUGCGCAAGUUCGUACGAAAUUGCAAGGAUUUGGAAUGCAGUUGCUCGAUGGUAUCGAUCCGAAUCCUGAUAAUUUUGUCUGCGCGGGUAUAGUUCAUAUGAGGGCACAACAAGUAGGAUGUUUGUUACGUUUGGAACCUAAUAAACAAGCCCAGAUGUUCCGUUUGACGGUACGCUCGAGUAAGGAAUCGAUGUCAGUAGAGAUCUGUGACCUGCUGGUGGACCAAUUUUAAAGCGGCCUAGCAGGCGUAAAAAAGAAAAAAAACUAAUUUAAGAUAUAUUAAAGAAAAGAAAAGAAAAAAAUAACAAAAAAAGAAAACGCCGUGGGAAGACAUAUCGUGAUCACGGAAGGAUGUCGUCUCUCGACGUGCAAGAAAAGAUACUGAUGAAUUAUUUGUUAAGAGAAAAGAAUAUUCGUUGUACCCAAGCUUACACUCACAGCGCGGUCAUGUGAACUGAACCCUUGUGUAGGCGGAAGCGUUGUUACCAAACCGUGUGCAAUCCUGACGAAGAAAACCGACUAGGAUUAUCGGGAAUCAUGAUCAAGAUGAAUUGUGUACAUGAGAGAAAAGCAAAAGACAGAAAAAAAGAAAGCAGCAAAAAAUACCAAACGACGUAUAUAUACAUACAUAUAAUGACUAUGAUAGGCGAUAUUUAGUCCACGAGUGAAGGUAACAAGCAUAUAGACAUUGUCUUUCUUUCUUUUUUUUUUGUUCUUUUAAUUUAAUACGUGUCUUUAGUGGAAAGAAAAAAUUAUAAUUCGUAAUUUAUCCUAAUUACGUGUAGAUGUUUGCCACGAGUAUCCCGCAAAGAGAAAGAAAGAGAGAGGGAGAGAGAUAAAUGCUUGAGAGAUUUUUACAAUUUUUUACAGACGAUUUUCAUAGUUAGUUACUUUUUGUCCACUGUGAGUGUGUUUUUAUGAUGAGUUUACCGCAACCGUGUAGCUGCCGUGUCUAGCAACUAUUCCACGUGUUGUAUUUACAUUGGCACGUACAAAUUUGCGUGACUCGUGGCGCGUCCUCGUCUAUACCUCCCCUUCCCCAUAACUG